AUGGCUCCUGCUUCAGUGAGCGCCCUGAGCGCAGACUCAAUCCUCGACUACAUGGUCAAGAGCCUCCCGACCCCGCCUUCCGCCUCGGAACAACCUAGACUCAUCAAAGAUCCAUAUGCCGCCAUUGCCCUGUUCUCACAUGCCUGCAUGCUUGCAGUUGGCUUCCGUCUCGUCGGCUUAGGAGAAGACCACAAGAUAGAAGCACAAUCAGAACCCCAAGAUGUUCAACCCUUGCCUUCCCAGUGGGACGAAUCCUCCUCCUACGCUUUCCGCUAUGCUCAUUCACAGUCAGCCAUGGAGUAUCUUAUCAAGGUGAAUCGACUAGGAAGCAAGGCUAUCAUAUUUGGUGUUGGCAUGGGCGAUGACAAGACUGCCUCUUUUGAGGUUAAGGCCAAUGACUACAUUUCCGAAGGAUCAUUAAAAGAGGCAACCCCGGGUGCCAAUACCGUCUCUGCACUUCGAAAUGUCUUUAUAUCAAAUGGCCGGAUCACAGAUCUUGCGUCACUGUUCAAACUUAAUAUCAUCCAGAAGUUGGCUCCGGGAAUCCAGAAGGCCGGGUACGAGGAAGCAACUUCCACCCUCGAACAGCCACGACGACAUGAAGAAACUCGCCCUCCUGAGCGUGACCCGUUACGAGACGAUCAUCCUCCACCCGCACGGCCAUACCCUUUCGACGAUCCGUUAGCGAUACCCCCUCGAAGACCUCAUCCUCCUGGAGACUUUCCGCCACCGGGUUUUGAAGAUGAAUAUGAAAUCAAUCGACCUCCACGCGGCAUGCUACCAGGUAACCAGCCAUUUGGGAACAUCGGGGAAAGAGACCUUUAUCCUCCAGGCUUAGGCCCACAUGAUCCUCUCCGGAUAGGCCCUGGAGGCGGUUUUCGUGGUGGGGGAGGCAUGCAUCCCACUUUUGACGAUCCCUUGUUUGGUGGCCAAGGGGGUCGACAACCUUUUGAUCCUCAGGUCCCUCCAGGGGCACGGUAUGAUCCAGUCGGCCCAGGGGAUGGUCCUCCAAAUCUUCGAGGAGGCCCACGAUUCCCAGGAGGCGGUGGAGGAGGAUGGGGUAAUAAUCCGUUCGGAGGGUUUGGAAGUGGUGACUUUAUAUAG